AUGGAGGAGACCAUCAAUCAUGCAAAAUCCAUCCUCACCUUCGCCAUCACAAAGCCAUUGAGCUUCAUCUACCUCGUAAUUCAACAGGUCUUGAAUUUGGUUUUUGCCCCGGCGCCUCCUCCACCAUCAGAAAAGCUCCAUAGACCCAGAGUUGCCGUUAUCGGAGCUGGUCUUACUGGAGUAUCCUCUGCAGCACACUGUGUUGGCCAUGGAUUUGACGUGAAAAUUUUUGAGGCAAGAUCUAAAGAGAAGGGUCUGGGUGGUAUUUGGAGUCGAGUAAAUUCGACAUCUGCCUUACAAAUCCAUUCAAUCAUGUUUCGUUUCCAUCCAUCUGUAAAAUGGGAUACAGCUUACCCCACCCAAGAAAAGAUCAAAGAGCAAAUUGCCACUGUGUGGAAGCGCUAUGGACUGGACAAAAAGACAGUCUUUGACACUCCCAUCACUUCCGUGAAAAAGAACUCGUCCGGACAAUGGAUCAUCAACGACAAUGAAGCAGAACAUGGCACAUUCGACGGUAUUAUUGCAGCAGUCGGCUCAUGUGGAGAUCCUCAAAUGCCCCAUCUCCCAGACCAUGAACAAUUCGGCGGUCCAACUUUCCACUCUUCGGAAUUAGACGGGAAAGACGUCAAGGGGAAGAAAGUACUCAUCAUUGGCGGUGGAGCAAGUGCAGUGGAGGCGUUGGAGUUUGCGGUUCGCAACGACGCUGCUGAAAUUGAUGUCUUGUCUCGAUCAGAUAAAUGGAUCAUUCCACGAAAUGUCUUUGUCGAUGUUUUGCUAUCAUUGAACAUAUUCGGAGGAGAAACUGCGUUCUCCUGGAUCCCGGAGUGGUUCCUGCGAAAAUUCUUCUAUCGCGAUCUGCAAGAUAUCUCGCCUGCUAAGAAGGGACUAUACACUGAUACACCCAUGGUCAAUUCAGAACUUUUCGAACAGAUCCGCGCAGGCAAGGCUCGAUGGCUCCGAGGAGACAUCAUUGCAUGCAAAGAAGAAGGCAUUCUAUUCAAUCAUCGCGCCCAAGGAGUACCCAAGGGCGGCCCAGGCCAUGAAUCAAUCGUGAACGGAGACGUCAUUAUCAUGGCCACAGGAUACAAACGACCAUCCCUUUCUUUCCUUCCGGAUUACGUCUUCGAAAAGAAAUACGAGCCGCCUAACUGGUACUUGCAAGUAUUUCCUCCUCAAGAUCCGACCAUCUGCGCUACCAACAGCACUUACCUAAAUGCCAUCGGCACUGUGGGCAACUACCACAUUGGUAUCUACACUCGGUUUCUAUUGAUGUUCCUCGUCGACCCUCUAUCGCGCCCUCGCGAGGGACUGAUGAAACUCUGGAUCGACUUUACACGAGUCGUCAAGAAAUUUGCACCUACAGGAGCCUUUGACUUUUUCACCUAUGCAGAACUGAUUUAUUGGUACUGCUUUGUGAGCAUCAUCAACCCGUUCCGGUGGAAGUGGGCGCCAUUCAUCUUCUUUGGUCUGUUCCGAAGUCUGCCGUUGGGCAUUGUUGAGGGAGAGGAUCGUUUCAGGAGCAACGGAAAGGACAAGUAA